AUGGGGUCUGAGGGGGGUGGGGGUAGGGUGUUUCAACACAGGGGUGGUGGUGGAAUGGGGGGCACAAAUUCAGCUUCUGACAAAGUUUCAGGAGUGACAAUGUGCUCAGAAUCCAUGUUCUAUGGCUCUAAUUGGGAUCCAAUUGUGUCAUUGAGUCAAAGUGGGAAUUUUGGUAACUCCAGCAUUGUUUCUCAGAGUGAGUUUGCUAAUCCACUCAUGUUGGAGAAUCAAGCAAUGGGUGGUUCUUUGGCUCAGUUCCACUCUGAUUCUGGCCUUGUUGAUUUGGUGCCAAGACUCCCCAAUUUUGGGAGUGGCAGCAGCUUCUCUGAGAUGGUCACUUCCUUUGGCCACAACCCCGAUUCUUCGCCUAAUCUUCAGAAGGGGGCUACGCAAGAUCAUUGCCCGAAUUCGGAUGGUGGGAUGUUGGGAGCUUCACCUUAUGGGAAGAGGAAGAGGGAGAGGGAGGUGCAGCAAGGAGCUUCACCAAAGAGUGGCGAAGAAAAACAGUGCAAGGAUCCCUCUGGGGAUACAUCUAGAGAAGACGACAAAAGGAAACAGAAAUCCGAGAAAGGUGUUGCUCGUGGGAAGCAAGCCAAGGAUGAUAGGAGUGGUGCAGAGCCAUCUAAAGAAGAUUACAUUCAUGUUAGAGCCAAGAGGGGCCAGGCAACAAACAGUCACAGCCUUGCAGAAAGGGUGAGAAGAGAGAGGAUUAGUGAGAGAAUGAGAUUGCUUCAGGAACUGGUUCCUGGCUGCAAUAAGAUCACCGGAAAAGCAAUGAUGCUUGAUGAGAUUAUCAACUAUGUGCAAUCACUCCAACAACAGGUUGAGUUUCUAUCGAUGAAGCUUGCAACCGUAAAUCCAGAGCUCAACAUGGAUAUAGACAGGCUUUUGUCCAAAGAUAUUCUUCAGUUGCAUGGUGGGAAUACCACCCCACUCGGAGUUUCUCCAGGGAUGGGUUCGUCCAUCCCGUUCCCUCCAUACCUCCAAGGAUCCUUCAACAACGCUCCAGGCACUGGCCCACCAUUUCAUUCGUUACCCCAGCAUGUGUGGAACACUGAGCUCCAAGGUCUUCUCCAAAUGGGGUUUGAUCCCGAUCCCUCCGGUAUCAUGGGGCGGAGUGGGUCGUCAAAAAUGGAGUUGUAGAGCUCGUCUAACCAUACUUUCGAGAAUUUGGAAUUGAAAGUCUUAUAAAAAUGUUGAAGGUUUAUCUUUUAAAAAUUUUUUUGUUUUGUUUUAGUAUUGUAUAGGUUCUAAGCCUCCACCUAACUCUUGGUUCUUCGAAUUUUAACAGAAGAAAUUUAAUGUUUAGAUUUCCAAAACCAUGUAUAUUCAGAGUUGGAAUCGAAUUGUUGAAGCUGAUGAUUUUUGUUUGUUGUAUACUUUGUUUUGUGUACAAGCAGACAAAAAUAGAGGAAAUGAUUAUUAUGUAUAGUGCAUUUUCGUUGAAAA